AUGGAUGUAUUCUUAGAGAUUGCAGACAAUUAUGUCUUUGAUUCAUUGUAUGGCAAAGUUGUGAAUGCAUUUCCUGCCUCUCCUGCCUCUCCUGUUAUGGAAGCUUCGAGCAUGAACACGACUACCGCUAUAAUAAACAACUCUAUUAGUAAUUCGUCUACAAUCGCGUCUGCUUUCCUUGAUCGCAAUAACUUGUUCCGACAAGGUCUUAGUUUGUUUUUCAUCACAUGGAUAAUGGGAACUUUAUCCUAUUUUGUUUCGGCAUGCAUAGCUUACUUUUUCUAUUUCGAUCGUCAAGAAGCUCGUCAGCAUCCCAAGUUUUUGAAGAACCAAGAGUUGUUGGAGUUGAAGGUUGCAUUAUCAAAUCUUCCCGGUAUGGCCGUCUUAACAUUUCCAUGGUUUUUGGCUGAACUCCGUGGCUAUUCUUAUGCUUACGACGAUCCAGCUGAGUAUGGAUACUUUUAUUUGGGUUUCUCUGUUAUCCUGUUUCUUCUCUUUUCCGAUUUCUUAAUUUACUGGAUUCAUCGUGGUCUUCAUCACCCUUGGUUUUAUGGCCCUCUACAUAAAUUACACCACAAAUGGAUCAUCCCUACUCCAUUUUCUUCACAUGCUUUCCACUUCCUUGAUGGUUAUAGUCAAUCUUUACCCUAUCAUUUGUUUCCCUUCUUCUUUCCCUUGAAUAAAUAUCUUUACUUGGUUCUUUUUGGAUCUGUUAAUUACUGGACUGUUCUUAUCCAUGACGGAAAAUAUUUCUCAAACAAUGCCGUGAUCAAUGGUGCUGCUCAUCAUGCUUCUCAUCACAUGUAUUUCAACUACAAUUAUGGUCAAUUUUUCACUUUGUUUGACCGUCUCUGUAGUUCUUACCGUCAUCCCGAUCAAGAAUUGUUUGACGCUGAACUUAAGAAAGAUAAGAAGCUUCAGAAACAAAGGGUUGGUGAAAUGGAGUAUAUGCUGAAGAAUGUUGAAGGAACAGACGAUCGUAUGUAUACUGACAAGAAAAAUGCUUAA